AUGGCGAUUAUAAGCUCUGUGACGGGAGCUGUGUCUUCACUACUUAGCCCAGUCACAUCGCAAGCUUGGGGACCACUGGUGAAUCUAUGCAAAAAUGGCACUCUUUCGCAAUUCCAGAAUCUGAAGCAUGGCAAGCUGGUAUUGUUUGAGGGCGGCUCGAGCAAGGCUACUGCAGCGUUUGGAUCUGAUAAAGAAGGGCUCCCAAUCGCUUUCCUCAACGUGCUUGACGAGAAGUUCUGGGUGCGAUUGGCACUGUUUGCAGACAUGGGCUUCGCAGAAAGCUAUAUGCUGGGCGAAUUCACAACUCCAGACCUGACGAAAUUCUUCGAGCUUUUUAUCCUGAACCGCAACUACCUCUCCAAUGGCUCAACUUUCACCUCAGCUAUUUCCUCUGGCCUCGCCGGCUUGGUACGAGGCAGCAACAACCUCAAAAACGCGCGCCUCAACAUCUCCGCACAUUACGACAUCUCUAACGAAAUGUUCGCCGCAUUCCUUUCCCAAGACAUGACCUACUCGUGCCCGAUAUGGCUACCGAAAUCGAACCCGAAAUCCGCAAGCGAAAGCCUCUACGACGCGCAAAUGCGAAAGCUCGAUCGCUUCAUCGAUAACACACACAUCAAGGGGACAGACCACGUUUUGGAGAUCGGCACAGGGUGGGGCAGCUUCGCCAUGCGUGCUGUACAACGGACAGGCUGCAGGGUUACAUCUCUCACCCUCUCGAUUGAGCAAAAAGAGCUGGCAGAGGAGCGGAUACGAGAAGCCGGCAUGUCGGACCAGAUCACAGUCCUCCUGUGCGAUUACCGAAGUCUGGAGGUGCCAGAAACGGGACCCUUCGACAAGGCCGUAUCAAUUGAGAUGCUGGAAGCUGUGGGCAAGGAAUAUCUGGUCACUUACUUCAAGUGCAUAGACAAGCUUCUCAAGAAGGAGGGGGGUGUAGCAUGCUUCCAAUGCAUAACGAUGCCCGAUGCGCGCUACGAAGCCUACGCCAAAUCCGACGACUUCAUCCGCCGAUACAUUUUCCCCGGUGGUCAUCUACCCGCCGUUUCCGAACUCGUCGCCAGCAUACAAACCGCUUCCGGCGGCUCGCUCGUCGUCGACAGCAUAGAAAACAUCGGUCCCCACUACGCGAAAGCGCUGCGGUUAUGGCGAGAAGAAUUCUUGGACAACUGGGAGAGCAAGAUCAAGCCGCAGCUUAUCAAGGAGAAGGCUAAGGAAGGAAUGGACAAUGAAGGUGCGGAGAUUUUCAAGAGGAAAUGGGACUACUACUUCCGUUACUCGGAAGCGGGCUUCUCGACGAAGACGCUGGGUGAUGUUAUUUUUACAGUGGGAAGAGAGGGCGCUAUGCAGAUGAUGGAGGAUGUACCAUUGUAA